AUGAGUUCAGAAGGGAAAUUUUUUAAUAAAGUCAAAAAUGCUUUUAAAAGUGAAAAAGGUGAAAAAAGUAGUGAAUCUUCACCUCAAAAUUCACCAAGAGCUUCAAGAUCUUCAAAAUCAGGUCCAACUACUUCAGAUCCAAAACCCGUUUUAGCAGAAGCUAGAGAAGAAGGUGCAAAAACUGGAAAACAUCAUGAGCAGCAACAACAUGGUGCUUCUACUACUGCAGCAGAUUCAAAUUAUGGAGGAUCAGGUGCUUAUUCUCAUUCUAAAACCGGAAAUGAUAAACAUGAUAAUAUUUUGAAAGAAGCUUAUGAAGAAGGUAGAAAAUUAUUUCAUCAUCAUUCUAAAACAGGUAAUACAGGUGUUCAACAUGGAGGAACUGCAUCUGCCGGGGCAGCAGCCGGUGGAAUUGGUGGUUAUGCAGCAGGUUCAUCUUACGACCAUAAAUCUACAGUACCAGAUUAUUCAAGUAAAGAUGGUGAUGUUGUUUCAAGUUCUUCAAAAGGUAGAGUUGUUUCAUCUCCCCCAAAAAGAUCAAGAGAACCAUUAAAAUAUGAAACUCCAGGUGAUUAUUCAAAUGCAAAAAAUCCAACUGAUUCAACUGUUAUUGCUGGUGGUAAUGGUGCAAAUCAAGGUGAUGGAUUCCAAGAUAAAGGAGUUUAUGAAAAUUCAAAACCAGCUUAUAGUGAUGGAGCAGAACCAGUCCAAGGUCAUGGUAAAUUCUUUGAUCCUAGAGAUACUCAAGGUGGUGUUUUAGGUGCAGCAGUAGGAUCACAAGGAGCUACUAAUGCUUAUAAUCAAGGUAAAAUUGAUUCAUCACAUCAAGAAGCCACAAAAGCUAGAUAUGUUGAUGAAGAUAAAUUAAAAACUAAACCAGCAGCUUAUGAACAAGAGGAUAGACAAAAGGAAGAGUUAGAACAAAUUAAACAAGAAGCUUAUAAAGAAGGUAAUAAAAAGGGUAGAAAAGAUGUUCAAGAAGAUCCUUCUUUAUUAGGUUCAAGACAAAUUGGUGGUUCAGGUUCUACAAAUGAUGAUAAGGAUAUUAAUAAGAAGGAAAUUCAUCAAGAAAAUAAAUCAGCUUAUAAUCCAGGUGGGGUUGCUGGUGUUUUAGAAAAAGAACAUGGUCAAUCACUUCCAGCAAAUAAAAGAAAUUUGGAUCAUGAUAAUGUUAUCAAAACUGGUGGUGUUGUUUAUGGAGGUCCUGGUGUUGCUUCUGCUUCAAAAGAAAAUUAUGAUCCAGCAGCUACUGAUAGAAAAAUUUCAGAUCUUGAUGCUCAAAUUAAUCAAACUGAUAGCAAGAUUCAACAAUUAAGACAUGAUCCAAGUAAUGCUUCAACCUAUGCUGUUCGUGAUGAACCAAUUCAAACUCCAAAAUUAUCAGAUGUUCAUGAUGAUGAUUAUGAGCAUCUUGAUUCUAAAGUUAAUGAAACUGAUAGAAACACUAAUGAUAAUGCUGAAAAACCAGGAGUAUUUGCAGGAGCUGGUGGUGCAUUAGCUGCAGCUGCUGGUUAUUUAGGAUUUGGUGGAUCUCAACAACCAGAAGAUAAAGUUAAAGAUGAUACUUACCAUCAAGGUGAAUUUACAGCUAUUAAAGAAGAAAUUUAUGGUGCUGGUUAUAAACAAGGAAAAGAUCUUUAUGGUCCUACUUCUACUACUUCAACUACUGGUGGAUCAAAAGGUGUUUCAGGUGUUGAUGCAAAAGAUGUUGAAUCUAAAGCUUAUGGUGAAGGUUAUCAUCAAGGUAAAAAUGAACCAGGAUUUGUUGAUGAAGCUAAACAAACUGUUGAAGGUUUAGUAUCAGCUACUGCAGGUUAUUUAGGUUAUGGUGCUACUCAAGGUGAUUCUCAUCCUGAAAAUAAAUCUUCAGCUACUUCCCCAGAACACAAACAAAUUUUAGAUUCAUCAUAUGCAGCAGGUCAACAAAAAUAUGAAAAUGAAAGAGCUGGUAAAACUACUGGUCAACCGGGUCAAGAAGGUUUUGUUGAAAGAGCUGAACAUGCAAUUGGUGGUGCAGCAGCAGCAGCAGCUACUUAUCUUGGUUUAGAUUCAUCAUCAACAGCUCAUAAUGCUACUGAAGGUCAUCAACAAUUAUUGAAAGAAUCAUAUGAUGCUGGUAAAGCAAAAGGUGAAAAAGAUUUAGCUUCAGGAGGUACAAAUAAUCAAACUGGUCAAAGUGGUUGGCAAGAAGCAAAAGAAGUUGUUGGUGGAACUGCAUUAGCUGCAGCUGGGGCUGGUGUUGCUGCUACAACUUAUGCUGCUGAUAAAUUAGGUUAUAAUGAUUCAAAUAAAACUCAUAAUAAAUCAGUUGAAGAAGAAGGAUCACAUAGAACCACUAGUACUUUACCUAAAGAUAAUAAAGUUGAAAAUGAUAACAAAGGAUCAUCAUCAAAUCAAGGUUACUUGUCAUCAGUUGGAGCUGCAGUUGGAAGUGCUGGUGCCGCUGUUGGAAAUGCUGUUGGUUAUAAUCAAACUCCACAACAAAAGGAAGCAGAUGUUGAGGAUUCAUUACUUGAAGAUGCAGAAAAAGUUGAUCCAGCUAUUGAAAAAUUACCAGCUCAUAAAACCAAUACAAAGGAACUUAAAAAAGAAGAAACUUUGGGACCACAAGCAACUCCAGAAGAAAUUCAUACAGUUGAUUCAAAUAAACUUAGUCAAGCAGAAAAAGAUGUUGAUGCAUGGAAUAAAAAACAUGGUUUUACCAAUCCAAAAGGUUCAUUAAUUGAAGCUGCUGAAGAAGCUGAUCCUGCAAUUGAAAAAUUACCACCUCAUAAAACUAAUAAGAAGGAAUUAAAGGAAGAAAAAACAUUAAGUGCAGAUGCUACUGAAGAAGAAAAAGAAGUUGUUGAAACUAAUCAAUUCAGAGAUAUGGAAGAUGAAGUUGCAGCUUAUAAUAAAAAACAUGGUUUCAAAAAUCCAAAGGGUUCAUUACUUGAUGCUGCUGAAGAAGCUGAUCCAUCAAUUGAAAAGUUACCAGCUCAUAAAGGUCAAUCUAUUGAUAAAGAAUUAAAUGAUAAAGCUGAACCAUCUGGUGCUGAUGUGCAAGCUCUACCAGCAAAUCAUCCAACUGCGAGGCAUUCCGAAAUCAAAGAAAGUUUAGGUCUUGCAACUGGAGUACCUGCAGGAAGACAAUCAAUUGAUAGUGGUAAAAAAUCAGAUGCUAGCGAUUCUACAAAGUCUAAAGAUAAUUCAUCAGAUGCAACUAAAUCUAAAGAUGUUGAUCAUAAAAAAUCUGGUGCUGGUUUAGGAGCAGCUGCUGUUGGUUCAAAUUCAAAUUCUAAAUCAUUAGAUCAUGAUUUGAGAAAGGAAUCUUAUGAUGAAGGAUAUAAAAAAGGUAAAACUGAUUCAUCUUCACAUAAUAGAAAUGUAUCUGGUGCAGCUUAUAAUACAACUAAACCAGUUGGUGAUUCUUCAAAUGAAAAAUCUUUGGAUCAUGGUUUAAAGAAAGAUUUGUAUGAACAUGGAUUUAGAAAAGGUAAAUCUGAUCAUGAAUCAAUUGGUGGAAAAUUGGAUGAUUGGUUAAAGAAAGAAUUAUAUGAUCAUGGUUAUAGAAAAGGUUCAUCUGAACAUUCAAAUCAUACUGGUAGAAAUAUUGCAGGUGGUGCUUUAGCAGGUGGUUCAACUGGUGCAGCUUUAGAUCAUGGAUUGAAGAAAGAUUUAUAUGAACAUGGUUACAAAAAAGGUAGAUCUGAUCAUGAAUCAGUUGGUCAAAAAUUAGAUGAUUGGUUGAAAAAAGAAUUGUAUCAUCAUGGUCAUAAAAAGGGAACUGAAGAUCAUUCUAAACAUGGACUUUAUGGUGGUAUUGAUGCUUUAGAUCCAACUUUAAGACAACAAUUAUAUGAACAUGGUAAAGCUCAUGGACAUAGAGUUCAUGGUGAAAAAGGUUCAACUUCAGGUGGUUAUGGCUCAAAUUUAGAUUCUAAAUUGAAACAAGAAUUGUAUGAACAAGGUUAUGCUAAAGGUUCUUCAAAUAAAGGAGCUACUGCUUUAGGUGCUGGUGCUGGUGCAUUAGCUGGAUCUGGUGCUUAUGCUUCUCAAAAUAGACAUCAAAAUGAAUAUGGUCAACCUUCAGAAAGAGCACAACUUGAUCAAACUUCAGAAUUAGUUGGUGAAAAUACAGCUCAUAAAAGAGGUCAAGAUACUCAAGAUAAUUUAGUAGUUGAAGUAGUUGGUAUUGAAGAUAAAGAAGAAGCUUUAAGAACUGCUAGAAAUGCUUCAAAAAAAUUAGAUGAAAGAGGAGUUGAUUUAACAAGUGGUAAAUUAAUUAUUGAUGCAAAUAAUAGAGAAAUUUAUAAAGAAGAAUAUGUUUCAGAAAGAGAAUUACCAUCUCAAGGUUAUGCUGCUUCAUCUGCUCCAGGAACUUUAGGUCAAUCAAGAGCUGCUGGUUUCACUGAAGGUGCUCAAGAUACUUCUUAUAGAGGUGAUGGUGUUGGUAAAAGAACAGAUGUUGUUUCUGAAACUAUUGGACAAACUAGAGCUGCUGGUUAUGCACAAGGUAGUACUCAACCAAAUACUCAUUAUGAAGGUGAAGGUGUUGGUCAAAGAACUAAUCCAACUGCUGGUCAAGGAGCUUAUGGAAGUACUCAUGGUCAAAAUGCAACUGGUUAUAAUGAUACUUCUUAUAGAGGUGAUGGAACUGGUAAAAGAACUGAAGUUGCUCCUGAAACAUUAGGUCAAACUAGAGCUGCUGGUUUUACUCAAGGAUCUCAUCAAUCACAUCCAGAUACUCAAUAUGAAGGUCAAGGUGUAGGUCAAAGAACUAAUUUAUCAGGAGAUCAUCAAGCUAAUGAAUCAGAAAUUGCAAAACAAAGAAUUCAUGAUGCUGCUAGAAGAAAUGCUGGUUUAACUGCAGGUGCUUCAAAUGUUAAUCAUGAAAAUUCUACAUCAAAAUCUGCUCCAACUUCAAAAGAUGAUGAAAUUUUUGUAAAUGUUAAAGGUAUUAAAGAUAAUAAUUUGGCUACUAAAAUUGCUAGAGCUGCAGUUGCAAGAUUACAAAAAACACAUGGUUCAGUAAUUUCAAAAGUUAAAGAAUUACAAGUUGAUGCUAGUUCAGGAAUAGUUAGAGAUGAAAAUGGAAAUACUAUUGCAAAAUAUACUGAUUUAGCAGUUGAAGCUCAACAAGGUCCAAAUACUACAUUGCAUGGUCAAUCUGGUCAUUCUGGUCAAUCUACUCAAUCUGGUCAUUCUGGUCAACAUGGUCAAUCUGGUCAAUAUGGUCAAUCUUCAACUUCAGCUACUUCUCAAGGUGCUGCAACUACUAGUGGUGCUCUUGCUGGUUCUGGUCUUGCUGCUCAAGCUGCUUCUGAAGCUUCUGCAAAACAUCCAACUUCAAGUUUAACUGAACCAACUCAUCAUACAAGUGCUAAUACAGGUAAAUAUGAUUAUGCUUCCAAAUCAUCUCAACCACCAUAUCCACAAGGAGUUCCAGCUACAAAAGAAGAAUAUGGUUCUAAAUCAAAUACUUAUGAUGAUUCAAAGAUUCAUUCAACUGGUCAUACUAAUCAAUCUUCAACUGGUUAUGGUAAUACUUCAAAUACUGGUACUGGUAAUUAUUCAAGUUCAUCUUCAACAAGUGGUUUACCAUCUCAUUCAAAUUAUGAUAAAGGUACUACAACUACUGGUGAUGUUCCACCAUCAACUUCAAAAGCUUAUGAAAGUCAACAACAAGGAUCAACUUCAGAAGGUGGAUUAUCAGGUUUAGCUUCUUCAAUUAUUGGUGCUUCAGGUGUUGGUGGUGCAUUAGAAUCAUUAGGUGUAACUAGUGGAAAUCAUAAUAAACCUCAUGAUACUAAAACUCCAUCAAAUCAUCAUAAUGAUUCAGCUCAUUCAUCAACUUCUCAACCACAUUUAUCUGGUGCAAAUGCUUAUCCAAAACAAGCUGUUGAUGCUUAUUCAUCUCAAUCAAAAGAUACAAGUUUAGAUAAAAAUAUUAAUGAUGCUUCAUCAUCAAGUUUUAUUCCUGAAUCUGGUUUAAAUUCAAAAUCAAUUCCAACUGAAUAUUCUUCUUCAAAAUUAGAUCCAAAUACUUCAAAUGUUACUGCUUCAGAAUAUUUAAAUAAAGAUUCAUCAAAUUAUUCAUCAGGAAAUACCAAUAAUAUUAAUAGUAAAUCUGCUGCUCAUACUACUAAUGCUGGUACUACUGGUUCUACUGGUAUUGAUUCAACCACAUCUGCUGCCCGUGGUUCGAAUACUAGUACUGGUUUUGAUGAAGCUAAUACAUCUUCUGGUUCAUUCUCAAUGCCAGGUGCUUGGAGUUAG